AUGUAUCUGAACUAUCUUCUUCUCACAAUACUGCCAUUGUUAUCAGCAGCGAGCCCACCGGCUCAGGGCGCAGACACCACCUCACUAGCGAUAAAUACAAGCUCUGGAAUCUUUGCACCAUACUUUGACAGACACCAACCAAAUGUUGCGUCCUUCCUUGACAUUCCAUACGCAGAACCACCCAGCGGAAAUCUCAGAUUUGCGUCACCAGUAGCGAAGAGGAACCCUGGAGGUGGUAUUAUCCAUGCAACGAAGCUCCCAGCAGGAUGUACCCAAUAUAUGCCUGCUUUACUCCGUGGAACUAUCGGUGAUGGGCGUAUCACAGCAGGCACUUUCCAACGCGGGGACUACGCAAACACGACUGAAGACUGUCUUAAACUCUCGCUCUUCGCUCCUGAAAAAUCUAUUCGAAUCAAGGACGAUAAAAAGUCCCAGACUCUCCCUGUCAUCGUUUGGAUCCACGGAGGGGGUUAUUCUGUUGGCGGCACCAACGUUCCCUACCAGCUUGCUCAGAACUGGGUGCAGCGUACCCAGAAGCAAAUAGUCGUGCAGGUACAAUAUCGCCUCAAUCUUCUAGGCUUCCCCAACGCUGGAGGUCUAGCACGCCAAGGCAACAAUCUCAACCUUGGCCUGCUUGAUCAGCGUCUCGCCGUCGAAUGGGUCCGCAAUAACAUCGCUCGCUUCGGAGGCGACCCUGACCGUAUCACUCUCUGGGGCGAAAGCGCUGGAGCUUAUGCGGUUGACGGAUACCUUUUUGCCUGGGCUAAAGAUCCCAUCGUCAAGGGGGUCAUCGCAGACUCUGGCAAUGCGUUGGCCAUUGAACGAGUGAUCGGUGACGCGAGGAAUCAUACCGCCUUCUCCGUUGCUGCAAAGUCUCUAGGAUGUGGUAAAUUGUCUCCGAAGGAGGAACUCGAGUGCAUGCGGCAAGUACCCGAGCGCAAUUUCAAGGAGUAUCUCCAAGCAGAGGUUGGCCAAGGAGGGGCCGCCGAUGACGGGUUGAGCAUCUCUGUAAUCGCUGAUAACAUCACGGUCUUUUCCAACUACACUGAAAGACUAGCGAGAAACUCAUUCAAGUACCCAACCGACAUUCCUGUCCUGAUUGGGACCAACGAAAACGAGGGAGCUGCUGUUGUCCCAUACAAAUUCCCCGGUUUUGAAACUGCGACUGUACUGCCAGACCAGCUUAAACCUCUUGCUGAGGGAUUCAGACUCAAUUUACAAUGCACCACCCUCAAAGAGACCCGUCUCAGGGCUGAGGCAGGUGCUACGACCUACCAAUAUAUCUACGCGGGGAAUUUCACCAACAUUUCGCCUUUACCAUGGUUGGGCGCAUACCACACGGCAGAAUUGCCUUUGGUAUUUGGCACAUACGAGACAGAAGGACCUUCUACCAAGUUUGAACGCAUGGUGAGCAAAAGAAUGCAGGACGUUUAUCUCAAAUUUGCUAGUGAUCCUACGCGUGGAUUAGAGAAUGAUGGAUGGCCUAGGGCAGUGUCGCAGCUUGAUAAAUCGAAGCUUGUUCAAUUGGCCGCAGACAACAAGGUUGAGCAAAUUGUGGGUGCGAAGCAGUUGGUGGACGAGUGCGUUGAGAAUGGAUUUGCUAUAUAG